AUGAUUGAAUUAAAUAGACGUGUAAUGCUAAAAGAAGCUAAAGGGGUUAUUAAAUAUUGUGGAGAAGUUGAAGGGACAACUGGAAGCUGGAUUGGGGUUGAUUGGGAUAAUAAAGAAAGGGGGAAACACAAUGGAAGUUUUAAUGGAAAACAAUACUUUGAAGCUUUGUCAAAAACUUCUGGCUCUUUUGUGAGAGAAAAAGAUUUGGAAUUUGGGACAGACUUGCUCGACGAAAUUAACGAAAAAUAUGCUUCAAAUUCAAAAAUGGAUGAAAUUAAAAUUCAAGAUUCUUCUUCAGCUAAAUUAUUUGAAUUUGUCAAAAUGGACAAAAUUUAUUCAAAACAAAAACAAAUUUUUAAACUAAAAUGCAUUGUUUUGAGUUAUUCAAAAGUUUCUCAUCUUAAUUUAAAUAAACUUGGUCAAAUUAAAUUUAAUUUUUGUUUGGAACUUGAUUUAUGUUCAACAUUAAUUGGAAAAUGGACUGAUUUAAUUAAUAUUUUGUUGGCCUUUCCUGCUCUCAAAAUUCUUAAUUUGGAGUUUGUUUAG